AUGGCGGCGCCGCUGAGCGACGGGGACCGGCGGAAGCAGAUCAGCGUGCGGGGGAUCGCGGGGCUGGGGGACGUGGCGGAGGUGCGGAAGAGCUUCAACCGCCACCUCCACUUCACCCUCGUCAAGGACCGCAACGUCGCCACCCCCCGCGACUACUACUUCGCGCUGGCCCACACGGUGCGCGACCACUUGGUGGGGCGCUGGAUCCGCACCCAGCAGCACUACUACGAGCGGGACCCCAAGCGCAUUUACUACCUGUCCCUGGAGUUCUACAUGGGCCGCACUCUGCAGAACACCAUGGUGAACCUGGGCCUGCAGAACGCUUGCGAUGAAGCCAUUUACCAGCUGGGUUUGGACUUGGAGGAGCUGGAAGAAAUUGAAGAAGAUGCUGGGCUGGGAAACGGAGGCCUGGGCCGCCUGGCAGCUUGCUUCCUGGACUCCAUGGCCACGCUGGGGCUGGCAGCGUACGGUUACGGCAUCCGCUAUGAGUUCGGUAUCUUCAAUCAGAAGAUUGUCGAUGGCUGGCAGGUGGAGGAGGCCGAUGACUGGCUACGCUACGGCAAUCCCUGGGAGAAAGCUCGCCCAGAGUACAUGCUCCCCGUGCACUUCUAUGGCCGUGUGGAUCACACCCCUGAAGGUGUGAAGUGGAUUGACACCCAGGUUGUCCUUGCUAUGCCUUAUGACACGCCAGUGCCAGGAUACAAGAACAACACUGUAAACACCAUGAGGCUGUGGUCUGCAAAAGCGCCCAAUGACUUCAACCUCCAAGAGUUCAACGUGGGUGACUAUAUCGAGGCGGUGUUGGACAGAAACCUGGCAGAAAACAUAUCCAGAGUCCUGUACCCAAAUGACAACUUCUUUGAAGGCAAGGAGCUGCGGCUGAAACAGGAGUACUUUGUGGUGGCUGCUACCCUCCAAGAUAUCAUCCGCCGCUUUAAGUCCUCCAAAUUUGGCUGUCGAGACCCUGUGAGAACAUCCUUUGAAACCUUCCCAGACAAGGUGGCUAUUCAGCUAAAUGACACCCACCCUGCCAUGUCCAUCCCAGAGCUCAUGCGGAUCCUGGUGGAUGUGGAGAAGGUGGAUUGGGACAAGGCCUGGGAAAUCACAAAACGGACCUGCGCCUACACCAACCACACUGUGCUGCCUGAAGCCCUGGAGCGCUGGCCAGUCUCCAUGUUUGAAAAGCUGCUGCCACGUCACCUAGAGAUCAUUUACGCCCUCAACCAAAUGCAUCUGGACCGGGUGGCAGCUCUCUACCCAGGGGACAUUGACCGUCUCCGGAGGAUGUCGGUGAUCGAGGAAGGAGACUGCAAACGUAUUAACAUGGCAAACCUGUGUGUGAUUGGCUCCCAUGCGGUCAAUGGCGUGGCCCGCAUCCACUCGGACAUUGUGAAGAACUCAGUGUUCAAGGAUUUCUAUGAGCUGGAGCCGGAGAAGUUUCAGAACAAGACAAACGGGAUCACGCCGAGGCGCUGGCUCCUGCUGUGCAACCCGGGACUGGCCGACGUUAUUGCUGAGAAAAUCGGGGAAGGCUUUAUCACAGAUCUGAGCCAGCUGAAGAAGCUACUGGAUUUCAUCAAUAAUGAGACUUUUAUCAGGGAUGUGGCAAAAGUCAAACAGGAGAACAAGCUGAAGUUUGCAGCCUAUUUGGAGGAGCAGUACAAGGUCAAGAUCAACCCUUCAUCCAUGUUCGAUGUUCAGGUCAAGCGAAUCCAUGAGUACAAGCGGCAACUGCUGAACUGCCUGCAUGCUAUCACCCUCUACAACCGCAUCAGAAGCGAUCCAUCCACAUCCUUUGUGCCCAGGACUAUUAUGAUUGGAGGAAAGGCGGCCCCUGGCUACCACAUGGCCAAGAUGAUCAUCAAACUCAUCACGUCCAUCGGUGAGGUCAUCAACAACGAUCCCUAUGUGGGAGACAGGCUCAAGGUCAUCUUCCUGGAGAACUACCGGGUAUCUUUGGCCGAGAAGGUGAUCCCGGCAGCAGAUCUCUCCCAGCAGAUCUCCACAGCCGGCACGGAGGCCUCGGGUACUGGCAACAUGAAGUUCAUGGUGAAUGGGGCCCUCACCAUUGGUACCAUGGAUGGGGCCAAUGUGGAGAUGGCUGAGGAGGCAGGCGAAGAAAACCUCUUCAUCUUUGGCAUGCGGGUGGAGGACGUGGAGGCCCUGGAUCGCCAAGGGUAUAAUGCACGGGAGUACUACGAGCGCCUGCCAGAGCUGCGACAGGCUAUCGACCAGAUCAGCAGUGGUUUUUUCUCCCCUCGAGACCCCAGUUGCUUCAGGGAUGUUGUGAACAUGCUCAUGUACCACGACAGGUUUAAGGUGUUUGCCGACUAUGAGGCCUACAUUAAAUGCCAAGGCCAAGUGGACCAGCUGUUCAUGGACCCCCGGGAGUGGACUAAGAAAGUCAUCAGGAACAUUGCAUGCUCGGGCAAGUUCUCCAGUGACAGGACCAUCAUGGAGUACGCCCGGGAGAUCUGGGGUGUGGAGCCAUCUGCCACAAAAAUCCCCCCCCCAACCUCCCCCGGGAUUGAUGCAAGCACAGAGGGAAGGAAGGAGGGAUGGGCUCCCAGCCCAGGAGGCCUCACCUGUAUUUCACUGCCAGUUAGAUGGGCUCGGCUCUGCAGAAACAAGGCCUUUCCCUCAGGGGGUAGAAGGAUGCUCUGAGGAAUAGCCCUGACUGAAGAACAGGAGCUGGGGGAGAGGAGAAAGGACCCUGUGUUUGUACCCAUGUAUCCAGCCUGCAUGUACUGCAUAGUGCUUUUAGUGAGAUGACCACAGAUAAGUCUUCCACAGCUGUGCUCCAUGCUUAACAAGGGCUUUCCAACUAAAUCCUCCCCUCUCCCCCUGCAUGCAGCCUGGCCUGGCCUCCUUGACCCUGCCCCACAAGCAGGUUUAGGCAACACAGAGCAUGUCUUGCAUCCUCCUCCAGUGGGUCUGCCAGCAUCAAAGCUAGGGGAGGGAGGGGCUACUGUCUGCCCCUCCUUCCCCAGUAAUGCCUAGAGAAGGUGAGGCUUGCUGUUAAAGCAGCUGGCCCCAGUGCAGGCACCAAUGUCAAAUGCUUACGUACCACAAGGAGGAGAGAGGGCCUGGGAUCAGCGACUUCCUUGCCACAGAGCUUGCCGUAGCCUCCUCCCACUCCUCUUUGUUAACUAAAAGCCCAGUAACCAAGCCACUCCAGGGAUUUUUAGCCUCUGUGUCUGCAUAGAGAGGGUUGUACCUGCCACUGCCAGCUGGGUGGCUGACCCUGCUGGGCCCACAGGCCCCAAGCAGGCUCUUGGCUCUCCAGGCACAGCUGUAUGCUGGGUGCUACCCAGGGGGUGAAUGUGUAUCACAUCUCCUGUGUCCCUCCACAGCUGGGUCAUGCUGCUCCAUGUGUCCCUCCCAGUGCUGGGGUCAGUGUUUAAUACCCAUAGUGCUGUGUAGUGCACCAGUACUCCCCUGUGUGAUACCAACUUAUUAAAACAACCAGAAAACCUGCUGGUUUGACUUCAGGCUGACUUGUGACUACUCCACACCAAGUUCAGGCCAUGACACCUGAAGCCAUGCUGGCCUUCCCCAGCUGUGCCUUCAUGGGAUGUGGUCCCCUGCAGCUGGCAUGGUGCUGGGGUCCUGGCACUGUCCUGGGGGCAACAUGCCCAUUGCAGAAAGGUCAGUCUUGCCAGUGCAUGGGGUGUACAGGAGGGAAGGUGAUCCCAGAGGCUGCACUGGGCUAGCUAGGGCCAAAGCCAUUUACCUGCAGCCCUGGCAUGUUGACCAUACGCACUGGGGUGGGUGUUAGUAUUGGGUUUCCCCUGCAAAUGGCACACAUGGCUCCCAUGCUAGAAAUCCCACAGGCAGCUCCCAUUUCCCCCAUCCCCAGUGGGGAAGCAGAGCCUCUGCUGCAGCCGGACUACAGGCACAGACCCACUGGGCUGCAGGAGAGCUGCUUACCCAGAGCUGGCAGCAGCCACAAAGACUUGCCCAGUCCUACCUGUGAGCUCAUCUCCCAUGCACAAACCUACUGCAGCCCUGCCACACACCCAGCUGACCUGCCAAACUGGGGAAAAAGUCCCAAAAACUGCCAAGUAAAACGGGUGAAGUUGAAGUGAUCAGCAGUCAAUGCCUUUAUUAAAACUACACCACUUUUAGAUAAACAUUUCAGUUUAAAUUUCCAAGCAUAUCACUGGCCUACUAACAGGAAUGGUGGUGUUGGGAUCACCAACACCAGCAGUUCACGUGCUGGACCCUCAGCUCUGUCACACGGGAGGAAGGCAGCCAGCCAGCCUGCUGGCAGCAGCAUUAGCUGGAAUGUGCACGUCACUCUCCAGAGCGAAGUAAGUGUUUCUCUUCUGUCCGUGCAACAAAUACAAGUGCGUCAAACAUAAUUUAAGUGGCACAGUUAGCUUAAGAGUAUCAUGGGUCAGAAACCUCAGGGACAACCACGCUAUGGCAGAAGAAUCUCAGUACAACAAGCUACUGUCUGCUUUGCAACUAGUAUGAGCCUGCAGAUAUUACUUGGAUGCAUGCUGAGCAGUUUAUACUACGCUGUACACCCCUGAACAGACCCUUCAGGUAGCACAAUUCACUCUGAGCACUAGUGACUAAACCUACAGCACCUGGUAUUGUCUAUAUAGACUGACGAGGGGCAGGGCCAGGUCCCCAGCCAGACACCACAGAGUCAGCAUAUGACCCUCUCCCAUCUCAGUGCAGAGCUCAUCAGUGGCAUAAAACAGCCCCUGUUCUAGCCUCAAGCAGGGCAAGGACAUCCCCAGAACCUCUCCCCGUGGGAGAGGCUCAUUUCCACUUCUGCCUCCUGGACAAUGUGCUCCGACCAUGGCUGUGAGAUGGGCUGAGAAGUGCUACCGGAAGUGCAUGGGAUGCCCAGAGCACAGAAGGGAGGUGGAGGGAGAGAUGGGGAGGGACACCCCAGACUUAUUUUUGCAUCAAGAACUGCAUACCAUUGCCUGCUUUUAAAUACAGAGGAACAGUGUAGCCACCAGGAACAGGAAUACCUGACCUAAGGAGUUAAAAGGUAGUUGAGGAAAAAACCCUGCCCUUCCCACCCAAAGGAAGCACAUGCCUGUCUGGGUGUGUACAGGGAGAAUGGAAGACAUCCAUUCCCAGAUCCUGGGCCUACAUUAUUCAUGGAAGGGGGAGAUCAAGCAAAAAAAGUAAUCUCAUACUUUCCAGCUUAAACUCCCAAGUUUGCAAUUUAUCUACUUAAAUCACUUCAGUCCUAAUAGGAAGUGCAUGUGAAGAAGGGGAGGAGCUCCACAAAGGAUAGCAGGGAUGAGAGCAGAAAUUAUGUUCAGAAGGAAAAGGGUACAGAAAAGAUAAAAGGGCACUAACCUUUUCCAUUAAAUAGAUGUUUGAAAAGGAAGAACAAAAAAAAAAAUCUUUCAUUUUGUUUCCAAAUGUGUGCAAUUAGCCCAACACUUGCAACACAUUGUGACUGAAGAGCUAAAUAAAAAUCUCUCUCACCA